AUGCCUCAAGUCUUUCUCCCCCAAGUCCUGUGGCACUGCAAGAACAACCGCCUCGCAGACCGCGUCUACUCGGUGGACGUACAGCCCACCCAGGGGCCCCCCGCAGCAGCAGAUGAUGCAGGUGCCACAAAUAAUGAGCAGCAGAAGCUGCAGUACCGCAUUGCCACUGCGGGGGCCGACGAGUUCAUACACCUUUGGAACGCGGACUUCUCCUCCGGCUCGCUUGCAGUGACGUGUAUAUCUCGACUUGUCGGGCAUGAGAAAGAGGUGAAUUGUGUACGCUGGAAUCCUCAUGGUACCAUUCUUGCUUCUGGCGGGAGCGACCAUGCUGUCUGCCUCUGGGUGCGGAGCUACAAGCCCGACUCAGUGCCCCUCGGCGUUGACGCCUCGUUUCUCCAGUACCAUGAGUGGUGGUCUCGCACAUCAUCUUUAAGAAGGGCGGAUGCGAUCAACACGUUAGCGUGGGCUCCCUCUGGCACUCAGUUGGCCAUAGGCUGCGAAGACGGGCGGAUAUUUGUGUGCGAUGUCACGGGAGAUAUCCUCGGAGCCAAAUCUGGACGCGUUUUAGAGGGGCAUUCCCAUAUCAUUCAGGGCGUUGCCUUUGACCCGCUGGGGAAGUUCAUUGCCUCACAGAGCAGCGACCAAACAGUCCGCCUGUGGUCCCGCCGAGUCCCGCCAGGCGGCCAGCCUGGCUUGGCCGCGGCCACAGCGCAGCAGCAAACACAGCCUACUUCAACUGCUGCAGAAAAUGCUGCUGCAGGAGGGGGGGGUCUAGCAGCUGCUGCAGCAGCGGCUGCUGCGGGUCGGGCGCCUGUGUGGCGCUGCGAAGCGGCCAUAAAGUGUUGGGCGAAGCCUGGGGCAGCGCGAGAUGCGGAUUGCGCACAAGAGGACAAGGAGAAUGAGCAGCAAAGCACCGCUGCAACGCCAGGAAACGGCGCAGGAGCCUCUUCCCGCAGUGGUCCUUUGCGUCAGUUGUUUCUGGCGGAAAACCAAUUGCCUUCAUUCUUCAGACGCCUUGACUGGUCACCUGAUGGUUCGUUGCUGGUCACGCCUGCUGGGGUGCAGCAGAUUCUGCCAGGGGAAAGUGACCCAAGCCCAACUCCAACUGCGGAAGCUGCAGAGGCUGCAGCCUCUCCAAGUGCUUCGCCGCGGGCCAGCAGCACAGCCAACUCCACUGGGGGCUCCGCCCAAGAGGCCGCGGCUGCCUGUCUUCCUCACAACACUGGCGAGUCUUUCUUUGCUGCAUAUGCUUUUCAUCGUCGGCUGCUACAGCAGAGCACAUCUCCUUUUGUCACCCACAGGCUUGAGAGCGGGCCAGCCGUUUGCGUGCGAUUUAACCCAUGUUUCUUCGCUCCCCUCCCAGUGCCGCCGGGCCUUCAGAAGAAAGGCUUGGCAUCUGCUGCAGCAAACGCUGCAAGUGCAGCAGCAGCAGGCAGCGAAGUGCCCGCCGCCAACGCGCUGGAGGAACAGUAUGCGAAAACCCGGUCUUGGCUCUUUCGAGCUGUAGAUCGGCAACACAUGGUGCCCCUGGCAAGCCCGUGCAAGGCUCCCGGGGACCCAGCAACUCCACCAUCUGCACAGGAAGCAGCGCAGCAAAGACAGCCAGGACAAGAGAGUCAACAGGAAAGCAUGAAUGUCGAUGCAGAUCCAGUUUCCACUCCAAAGGGUGACCGCUCCGAGACGGACAGCGGCGUGUCUCAGGACAUGGUCUUCCCCAGAUUCGUCUACUCAAUAUGCACGCUUGAUGGAAGCGUCUUACUGUAUGACACGCAGUUUUUGUGCCGCCCACUCGCAGUGUUGCAUCGCCUCCACCUUGCGCCAAUGACAGACUGCAGCUGGAGCGGGGAUGGCCGGCUUCUGGUCUGCAGUAGCAGUGAUGGGUAUCUGACAUUCGUGCUUUUUACGGAAAGUGAGCUCGGACAGAUUUUGUCGCGACCCAAGGCCUUUACUGCGCCGCAGACAGCCUGUCGCCGCGCUGAGCAGCCACAGUCAUUGGCAAAUCAAAUCAGACCAGACUCGAAUCGGCAAAACCAGCAGAAGUGCCCUGAAGGGGAAGCUGCCUCCGAGCAGUCGGAGGCACCUGUUAAAAGUCGAAUUCUGGUCUUGGGAAAUGCGCGCGCCAAAAUUCUGAAGACAAUGGAACCAGCGGCAACUUCGGCCCUGGUUUGCGGUGCAGCUGCACCGCAGCAGCCUCCAAACCGCCAGGCUGCAGUCUCGCUGGAGGCCAACCCAGCCGACCAUGACCAAGGUAGCAAAGAACCUAUUGUUCCUUGA